GUCGUGCUCGCAGCAAGCGUAGCAUCGGUCGGUCCGCUUUAUUGUUGUGCGUUGUUUGUGCCUGGUUCGUUUGUCCUGGUUCGCUUUUUCAUCGUUUUGUGCAAGUUAAUACUGCAAAAGGGUGCAACAUUAAACAAAAACGCGCCAAUGGCGAAGGCACGCGAAAUGUAUCUGGCGCUGUGCCUGCUGGACGCAAUCGAGGAUGCGAACAUAGAAGCCCUGCAGCUGGUGCUGGACAAGUACGGUGCGAGCCCAAACACAAUCUUCCCGGAAAAGGGCGUCGCACCGAUGCAUCUGGUCAUUGGUGCGGACGACGAGACGUUUGCGCUGCGGGCCACCUCGCUGAUGCUGCAGCGAGGCGGCAGCGCUAACCUACCAGCGGCCGAACAGAUGCUCACGCCGCUCCACGUAGCGGCCAACCUCGGACGGGUCGCAAUUGUGCGGCUGCUGCUGAGGGCGGGCGGAAAUGUGGAGCUGCUGGACGAGGAAGACCGUACGCCGAUCCAGCACGCCAUCGACGGCGAUCACUUCGAGGUGGUGCAGGUCAUACAGAACCACGUCUUCGAGCAAAAGAUCGACCAGAAGCGCAAGCAGCUAAUCAAGCAGCAGCAACAGGAACAACAACAAACCGUUCUGUCCCCCAGCAUGCGGUUCAAGAAGAGUGUGGCCGGCUUUCUGCCAGCGGUUUCCUCUACCCGGCUGCACCCAAACAGCGCACUAACCGCCCUGCAGGUGCUGGAGGAGCACAAGCUGACGCCGAACAAGUUACACUACAACUUUGACGCCACCAGCCCGUACUACGUGAACAUAACGCACCGACGGAAGGAUCGGUUUAAAACACUCUUCCCAACGGAUGACGCUACUGCUAAUCGGGAAAACACUGCACCGACCGUUGACGAUGAGUCGCUCGGGUGCGAACCAAUCGCUGCCCGAGAGCGGCGGCGACAGGAAACAGCGCUCGAUAGUACCGAGGAGCUAGGAGGAGAAGAGGGGUUGGUGCAUGAGGUGCCGAGCAGGACCAAUUUGUUCGAACUGACGGAGCGCAAUUUGCGGGAUUUUACACGCGACAGUGAACCGACGGGCAGGCGAAGAUCGUUCAUCGAGUGCUGGCGUGAGAAGAUUGCGGAACUGCGGGAGCGAACCCGCAUUAGCCGACGGUUGGACGAUAUCGAUCGGAUACUGAACAGCUUCUCGGAAAGCACGGUGCUGGAAUCGUUUAUGGACGAGGUGGAGGAAACGUUUGUAACUGCCGCGGACGGGGAUGAGGAGGAACGGUUGAAAACGAGCGACGAAACUGUUGUUUCGGAAAGGGAAGAGUGUCCACAACAAUUUCCGGAAUUAAUUGAACAGAAUGUCCCGGAGGAAAUAGUUCCUACGGUUCAACCUCAAUUUAUGGACAUCGUACAAAUAAGCGAAGAAUACAUCCACACGGACGACGAGGCGGGUGUGGUGUUUCGGGAAAAACGAAUGAUCACUGCACCAUCCACCAUUCCCACCAUUCAGGUAACAUCGGAAAUAGCUGAGCCGGUUUCAAACGACCCGGGAAAGGGUCCACCAUCCACAGCAAGACGGAAUCCGUCGCUUACAAGCCUUUCUACAGCGGUCACGUUGCCACCGCUUGAUUACGACACGGACGCGCUGCGCGCCGAGCUGACCACGUUCGGUGAACCACCCGGCCCGAUAACGAGUAGCACCAAAAAACUGUACUUAAGAAAGCUGGUCAAAUUGCGACGCCAUCCAGAACGAUUGGAGAACGUAAAUGGAGCCAAAGCAAACCCUCAGCCAACUUUCUCCGUCGAGCUGGGCGCAACGGUAAGAAAGGAGGAUGUGUUCGAGGCAAUCCUAGACCAUCAGAGUUUGGAGGACGAGAUGGCUUCCGAAUUCCAGUCCAGCUCCACCACCAAGGUGGCGCGCAACCUGCGCGAGGGACACCUGAAGAAGAGCUUCGUCUAUCUGCUGCUCGAUCCGCGCGUCAGCGAAAACCUGUCCGCCCAGCGGGACCAUCUAGCGGCACACGAGCUGUGGAAGCGCUUCCUCAGCGCCGUGUUUUACGUCGGAAAGGGUAAAAGCAGCCGCCCGUACUGCCAUCUGUACGAUGCGAUUAAGCUGCACCACCAGCGGGAGAGCGCUGGCUGCGAAAACAUCCGCCGGGAGCAAACGGGUGGGGCAGGUUUUACCGUCGAGGCGGAAGAAAUUAUCUUCCAAUGCAGCGAAGCAAGCAUGGCGGCGGCGGUAGGAGGAAAUAAUCUGCGCAAGCGGGGCCAGUCCGGGAAGGGGUCGGGACGCAAGCAGCAGGCAGUGGACAGUGCGAAGCUAAACCGCAUCAUCGACAUCUGGGCCGCCGGCAAGGGUGUCGUGUGUCUGCACGUGUUCCACAACAUCAUGCCGGCCGAGGCGUACACGCGCGAGGCGGCCAUUAUCGAUGCGUACGGUGUGCAGAACCUGACGAAUCUGAAGCGGGGCGACUACUACGGCAAGUGUCUGUCGUGGCCGAUGAAAAGGCGCAAGCAGCUCGGCAUACUGCUGCUGUACAAGGCGUUGCUCAUACACCUGGCGGAAGGCGAAACGCAGCUACUGCCAAACGAUCUCAUUUGAAAGUUGAACGGGGGGAAGUGUGAUAAAUAAUGCCUGGCCAUUUGUGAUACGCAUGCGCACACUGAUGCUAAAACAUUUACUCGAUCCACCGAACGUGUUCCUUUUUAUUCUUGUGUAAACCAAUAAACUGUUUUAAAUUAUUUUUAUUAUUUUUUUAACAAA